GUACUUCGAUUAAAGUCAAACAGCGAAUCUUAAAGGACGCCAUAAUUUUUUUUAAGUCUUUUCAGAAACAAUUCGGAGGGACUUUUAUCCCGCGUGCCAGUAGACAUGAUUAAUACGCGAUAAUAAGUGUUAGUUGAUUAUAAACCAAAUAAAAUUCUGAAUAUGUAUAUUACGAGAAAUCGCAAAUAUAUCUGACAAGUGACAGAAAAAAAGUUCCGAAUUCGUUCAUCGCGACGUCGGCGGAAAAAAGCCUGUGCGCGGGUGAAAAUCAUACCGCAUUGAAAUUGUUUUGAAAGGUCUGUGAAAUAGCUGGGGACAACAGUUGAGUUGGUUUCUUGCCGAGGGUAGUUCUGAUCGCAUCGCUUGCUUUUGUAAUUAUCGCUCGCUGAGCCACCUCCGAUCAACUAACAAAUAUCGUGUCAUUGCUGGCAAGAGUUGCGCCCCGAUUUCUUGAUGAGAUGUUGCAAUGGCCGUUUCGACACUCAAGUGGAAACGAGUGCUUAGUCCAACAGGACCGCAACCUCGGCCCCGGCACGGACAUCGCGCAGUCAACAUCAAGGAAUUAAUGGUUGUUUUUGGCGGCGGUAAUGAAGGCAUUGUCGAUGAGCUGCAUGUUUACAAUACAACCAACAAUCAAUGGUUCGUACCUGCUAUGAAGGGCGAUGUUCCGCCCGGUUGUGCCGCGUAUGGUUUUGUUGUGGACGGCACCCGCAUUUUCGUAUUUGGCGGUAUGGUCGAAUAUGGGAAAUAUUCAAAUGAAUUGUACGAACUCCAGGCGACCAAGUGGGAGUGGCGCAAACUGAAGCCAGAGCCUCCUGAGAAUGCUUUGCCACCAUGCCCGCGUUUAGGUCACAGUUUCACCAUGAUCGGCGAUAAGAUCUAUCUUUUUGGCGGCCUGGCAAAUGAAAGUGAAGAUCCAAAAAACAACAUUCCAAAAUACUUGAACGAUUUGUAUACUUUGGAAAUCCGUGGGAAUAUUCAGCUUUGGGAGAUACCGACGACGUUUGGAGAUAAUCCUCCACCGCGAGAAUCUCAUACUGGGGUCGCAUAUACUUGUAAGAUAACGGGCAGGUCAAGUCUCGUCAUUUAUGGCGGAAUGAGCGGUUGCAGGCUGGGCGAUCUGUGGCUUCUAAAUACUGACACGAUGAUGUGGACGCGCCCCAUUACGUUCGGAAAGACACCGUUGCCUCGUUCACUUCAUAGUGCGACGCUAAUUGGUCAUCGAAUGUACGUUUUUGGCGGCUGGGUGCCGUUGGUUAUCAAUGAUGCAAAAGCUGUACACGAAAAAGAGUGGAAAUGCACCAAUACAUUGGCAUGCCUGAACCUAGAAACAAUGCACUGGGAGGAUCUCAUGCUGGACUCUACAGACGAAAACACGCCUCGAGCCCGGGCGGGCCACUGUGCCGUCGGAAUCCAUAGUCGUCUGUAUGUGUGGUCGGGACGCGAUGGCUAUCGGAAGGCCUGGAACAACCAGGUCAGGGUUUGUUGUAAAGAUUUGUGGUAUUUAGAGGUUAGUGUGCCGCCGCCAGCUCCCCGUGUCGCUCUUGUUCGUGCAUCAACUCAUUCAUUAGAAUUAUGCUGGGCCGCCACACCCACAGCACAAGCCUACAUGCUUGAGGUACAGAAAAUUGAAAAUAUCCCACAGAUUCAGCAGAGACAACCCACACCACCUGUAACAUCUGUCGCACAACCCAUCAUAGCGGGCAGUGGAACAAUCAAGCAAGUGCAUUUGGCACGGCCAACUACAACUCAAACCCAAUUUCCUGCGCAGAUCCUCACAACCCAAACACCGCCAUCGCUGCAGAUAAAUUUGCCGCCGAGCACCGUACAUGUUACGGGUGCAAUAUCAUCUCCAAUAGUUACCGGGAAGAUAACAACACCACCAGCAACUCUAAUGGUAUCACCGACUGCCGCAUCAACUAGUGUAGUGACAUCAAUCGCUACAACACAAGCAAUGCCUUCCCUAGUAUCGAGUCCUAUGGCAUUCACACAAACGGGAAUGAUACAAAAGCAAAUCAAAACUGCAGUGACAUCGAGUGCAGUGACUGCCUCGACUUCAGUUCGUGUAGUUACAGGGCAUGUUAAUCAGGCGACGACAGCCGUUCGAGUGCAAACAGUGCGUCUAGCCACAACGCAAGCUCCUACCGCGCUCAUUCGAACCGCAAACACAUCAGCAGCGAACGUGACCAGUAUAGCAGGGUCAGCUGGCACAACAAUAGCGUCCAAUACAUCAAACCCGGCUGGAGCCACUAAACAGUUCUUUAUUCAGAAGCCAUUUACGCUGGCCGGACAAAAUGUUCAAUAUCAAUUGGUCAAGACGAGCACCGGAGUGGCAGUUCAAACGCUUCCAAAAAUCAAUGUUGUUCAAAAAACCGCUGGUGGCAAUGUUGUGACGCAAACACAAUCACAGAAUGUCACUGGCGGACAACCUCAACAAUUGGUUACCGCAAGUGCAGCUGGAUUAACAACAGCUGGAGCAAAGACUGCCGUUGUAGCGGGUAAUAUAGUAAAGCUGGUAUCACCUACAAAUGUCGGUGCCAACAAGAUCCUAAUGAAGACACCAAACCUGUUGCAAGUUGGCAAAGUUAGCACUAACACGGCCGGCAAACCGGCGUUUGUAAUAACGAACAAGCAGGGACAGCAGUUACGCACGAACCAGCAAAUUAUCAUAGUCACAACAGCCUCGACACUAAGAACAGUUCAAACGGGGGGCACGGUUACUUCUGCAACAGGUAACAACCUUGUAUCACUUGUUGCAUCAUCUCAAGUGAACACCGUUACUUCAACUUCAAUGUCCGGCACACCGGUGACUGUGGCGUCCACAGGGAUGAAAAUGAUCCGGGGUGUGCAGAGUAGUACAGGUCGACCAAUCACCCUCACGCUUCCAGCCAAUUUACCCAAUAAAGGUGCAACUAUUCUUCAACAUUUACCCAAUAAAACGCUCACUUUAGCCGGGAAGGCGUUGACUGUGCAAGUGGCGGGGGCCACAGGUGUACCAAAAACCGUGACGCUGGUGUCAUCAGCCAAUGCGGUAGGUAGCACAAUCUCCGGCGUUACAACUCAAGGUGGCACAAAACUAGUGAUGCUUCCGUCGAAAAAGAGCAUUGUAAAUAUAUUCGGAGCAACGCAGGCAGCCAAUGCGGCUCAGAAAAUGGCAACAGUGUCAAACAUCCAAGCAUCGGGUGUGGCACAUCAUCAGCACGACGAGCCGGCUACCACCGAAGCAGCAUUAGCCGCCCUUGCUGCUGAAACCGGCCUCCUUGAAAGCAAUAACGUUGUCGAAGAACAUAUCGAACAGAUAGACGGUGCCAAUGACUUCCUGCCAAUAGACGAUACGUUGGACGAGGAACUGGACUCUGACGGCGAAAAUCCUGGGGAAGUUUCGUCGAAUUCAGAAAGUAGUGUCUCGAAUCUACUUAAAUUAAGCAAACAGUCUAAAAUGCUUCAGAAACGAAGUAAACUGCGACGGAAAAUACAGGUACGAUAUGUUAAAAUGGGACUGUUUGGCGGUUCGCCAACCACACCGACUGUCGUUUCCAGUACAGAGGAACCAGUCGAGAACCAUGCGAGCGAGUCGUCGGCGAAUAUUGCGUCCUCUGCAACGGUGUCUACAGAUGCACAAGCGAGUGGUGAUGUUACAGAUGAUGAAGCUGUAACUAACACGGUGGACGACCCAGUUCCGGGCAGUAUAAACAACGAACCUACUUCCACCGUCAAUAGUGAGAAUUAUCAGAUUACAACACCAGCUGCGGAUCAAGAACCCUCCCCAAACAUUUUGACCGCUGCACCACAGGAUAAUAUCCAAAAUCCGGAUAUGAGCAAUAUACCAGAUAAUAGUGCUAUCUAUGACCAUAGAUUUGAAGGUUCUGGCGAAGUAGAAGAUGACGAUGAAUCGAUGGAGAACAGCAUGGAACUUGCGCCAGAUAUGUGUCCCAGUGGGGAUCAAAGUGCAGAAAUAUUAGCGAUGCAAUAUGGGAGCAAUGAUAGUGCCGAAACGCAAGGUAAUAUUGCGUCACAAUCGAAGUUACAGGAUAGUCUUGGUAACGUGGAAUCAGCUGGCGACAGUAUGAAGGUUCAGGAUUCGGAUAGCCAUGUUAAUGAGAGUGACCUUCAGGAGAGUGUGGCUUCCUCAACGACAACCACGAAGCUAGUUAGUCAAAAAGAUCUUGUCGAUCCGCACUACUCGUCGAUACCAACUACUUCCGAGACCGAGGCAGCUAACAUCCUGACGACCAUCAAAAGCGGCGAGCUAAUCCAACGAAUUUCAACCGAUACUCAAUCAAGCGUGGAUGACAGUUCGUCAUCAUCCAUGACACCAGGCACUGUCGUCAGUCAGGUUCCAUCGAUUCAAUCUGUAAUCGUCGACGAAGAAAUGCCACAACAAUUGGUUGGCAAAUCCUUAGUUCCAAGCGGGGCAACUUCAGAGAAACCACAACAACAACAGACGACUGCCAUUUAUAAUGCGGGAGGUACUGGACGCUUAGAUGCUCUCGCUUCGGCAGCUGUGUUGCAGGCUAGCACACAAUCGGGUAACAAUUCGCAACAGUUACAAACGGGAAGUGAAAAUGGGGGCGGAUCACCGGCAGUAUCGUAUCAACAGCACAUAACUCAACAGCCGGCUGUAGCGGGGUCACAAACCGCUACCGGCACACAAGCACGACGUGUUAUACGGCAGAGACAACGAUCCGAUUCUGGAUGGGAAGAUUCAUCGAAAACAGACCCGAAUCAAGUGUGGAAUUGCGUAGGAAUAUUCACUGGUCUAACACAGAUAGUUACAAGCUAUAUCAAUUACAAUGAAUGGAAUUCAUCAAUGUUUGACAGACACACCUCGGAUAAUUUACCGGAUUUGUCGCAAUUUAGUCGUACCAAUCUCGAGCCCGGAACCGCCUACCGUUUCCGCCUCUGCGCUAUAAAUAGUGUUGGUCGCAAUGAUUGGGGCGAGAUAUCCUCGUUUAAAACCUGCCUCCCAGGUUACCCAGGAGCACCAUCUGCAAUAAAAAUAUCGAAAUCACCGGACGGUGCCCAUUUGUCGUGGGAACCGCCGCCAGCGCAAACUGGUGAAAUUUUCGAAUACUCAGUUUAUCUGGCGGUUAAAUCGCCGAAUCCAAAGGAAAAAAUGCCACCGGCGCAGCUGGCAUUUGUGCGUGUCUACUGUGGGGCGAAUAAUCAAUGUACCGUUGCAAACACGUCCCUUUCGAAUGCACAUGUGGACUGUUCGACGAAACCCGCCAUUAUCUUCCGAAUUGCCGCCCGCAACGAUAAAGGCUACGGUCCAGCGACACAAGUCAGGUGGCUUCAAGAUCCCGCGGCUGCUAAGCUCGCUAUGUCCAUGGCACUUUCAAAACGAAGUGCUGAUAAGAUGGCCGGAGGCGGAGGGGGUGGCGUUAGCGGGGCUGGUAGCGGUGGAGGAGCGGCUAAGCGUGUGAAGAUAAGCACGGUGGGAGCCGGCGGAGUUGCUAACACCACCGCUCCCUCACCGCCAACUGGUUUGGCAAGGCAACCGCAGAUGCCGCCGCCGCAGCAACUGCAUGAGUAGAAUGUAAGAGCCCGUGUUGAGGUAGUGAUGAUUUCGUUUAACGGUUAAGUUUUCUAAUCCUCGUCUCCCUUCCCCCACCCCGCUCCUAAUCCAUUUUUUCUUCUGUUUGUCGAAAAAUCGAGUCAUGUUUAAGUUGAUUUGUUACUGUGUAAAAUGAUAACGAGAAAAUUUUAAAUAUAGUUGAAAAGAGCAAGAAGUUCGUUAUGCUAAAACGAUUAGAUUUAAUACAAAUAUAUAUAGCUAUAGGAAUUUGCAAAUAAACCGAGCGCAAAAAAAAGAAGGAAAAUCCAAGGACAUUUACGCAUUACAGAUUUGUUUGGCUCCUUUAUCCAGAAGGAAAGUCUUUCUUUCUCUUAGCAAAUUGUAAGUUUUGGAAUAUGUAGAACGACAUAUUGUGAAAAUAAAGGAACAUAUUCUGACAAAUAGACAAA